UUCCACUGCAGUUUGCGGAUACUGCCUAUCAGCUCCAGGCGGUACGUCGGGGUAAACUACCUGACGCCAUGGAAGGCAUUGCGCGUUUCUGAGCUCUUCAAUUCCUCCAGCUGACGUACGUACCACUCCUCCACGUUCGUCCUCGAUUCCCCAAAAGCGACAACACAGCAACAGCAAUAACAACAACAUCUCCCGCAAGAAGCUCCCAACACCCAUCCACACACUCGUGCGCACGACUCGACCCUUUCAAUCGCCCUCCUUUUCGGCUUCCCCACUCGGCCCCCCUUCCCUAAACAGACCACGAACUGUCACCCACGACCAUGGACUUCGCUCCCUACCAGUCCUCCCCGCCGGAGCGCGAACGAGCCCUCUCCCCUCCCCUCGCAUCGCCUCGUGCCUCUGCCGAUUUCCGAAGACCCUUCUCGCCCUACGGCCAGCCGUCGCCGCCGCCGCUACAGCAUCCCCAGCCUCAGCGCGGGUGGCAGCCGACCCUGCCCGGCUCCUACCCGGCGGCGGACGCGCACCGCGAGGGCGUGAGCGAGUUCGACACGAGCCUGGGCAUCAGGCUGGACUACGAGGCCGCGCUGGCGUACCUGGCUCUGCCGCCGCUGGGAGCAAUACUGCUGCUGAUUGGGGAGCGGAAUAGCGAUUAUGUCAGGUUUCAUGCAUGGCAGUCCUCGCUGCUAUUUACGGCCAUCAUGAUCUUUCACCUGGUGUUCCUCUCGUGGUCCAAGUUCCUCAGCUGGUUCUUCUUCAUUGGCGACUUGUUCAUCAUCAUUUGGCUGGCCUUGAAGGCGUAUCAGGAUGCGGACACGCUCGAUAGAUUUGAGGUUCCCAUUAUCGGCUCGUUAGCCAGCCGGAUUCUGGAUGACGAAUGAGACCUUAUGACGAGAGUCUCGGGAGGUAUGCUGUGAGACGGCGAGGGCGUGGCUUAAUGACUGUUGUUCUGCAUAUCAUAUACCCUUUUAAUCAGUCUGGGAGUGUCUUCUCUCGCCGUCCCGGCUUUAGGCUUUGCGGCCCGACAGAUGUGUUACUUGUUCUUGUAAAUGAAACGUUAAGAAUCAUGAAUGCAGAAUGAACGAGGAUAUAUGCCAGUUUUAUUUGUAUGCCAGAACACGAC